AUGAAACAGUUGCACAAGCAAUCCAUCGGGAACCACAGACGAGACGAGGAGAUCCCCAUGGGGCCAACCUCACAAUACUCUCCCAAAACCAUCAAACACCCCAGAUCCAUCAACUACCUCUUCAGAGAACAGAGGCUUCUGUUCAUCCUUGUCGGGAUUUUUAUUGGUUCCAUGUUUUUCAUUCUCCAGCCAACCAUGUCCAGCUUCGGCCCCUCCGAGCCCAACUCCUCAUCCUCCUCCAUUUCGCGCCACUUUUCUGCCGGACUCGCCCAUCGCGAGCAGGUCUCUUACUCCGUUCCAUAUCCCACGCAUCACGGCAAGGUCGGGCGAGUCCCAGCCGGGCUCCCACGGAAGAGAUCUAGGAUUGUGGUCACCGGUGGUGCCGGAUUCGUCGGUAGCCACCUUGUCGAUAAGCUUCUAGACAGAGGUGACGAUGUGAUUGUAAUCGAUAAUUUCUUCACCGGAAGGAAGGAGAAUUUAGUGCACCGGUUUGGGAACCCGAGGUUCGAGCUAAUCCGCCACGACGUCGUGGAGCCGAUACUCCUUGAGGUGGAUCAGAUCUACCACUUGGCUUGCCCGGCCUCCCCCGUUCAUUAUAAGUACAAUCCCGUCAAGACCAUCAAGACUAAUGUGAUGGGUACCCUGAAUAUGUUGGGUCUGGCAAAGAGAAUUGGAGCAAGGUUUUUGCUUACGAGCACGAGUGAGGUUUAUGGCGACCCACUUGAGCAUCCCCAGAAAGAAACGUACUGGGGAAACGUGAAUCCGAUAGGUGAGAGGAGCUGCUAUGAUGAAGGAAAGCGGACAGCGGAAACCUUAGCAAUGGAUUAUCACCGAGGUGCAGAUGUUGAGGUUCGUAUUGCUCGCAUUUUUAACACAUAUGGCCCUCGUAUGUGUUUAGAUGAUGGACGUGUUGUUAGCAACUUCGUUGCUCAGGCAAUACGCAAACAGCCAUUAACAGUAUAUGGGGAUGGAAAGCAAACCCGAAGCUUCCAAUAUGUCUCUGAUCUGGUCAAUGGACUGGUUGCAUUAAUGGAAAGUGAACAUGUGGGGCCUUUCAACCUGGGUAAUCCAGGGGAGUUCACCAUGCUGGAGCUUGCUGAGGUUGUCAAAGAAACAAUAGAUUCAAGUGCCACAAUAGAAUUCAGACCAAAUACUGCUGAUGAUCCGCAUAAGAGGAAACCAGACAUUAGCAAAGCAAAGGAACUACUGAACUGGGAGCCAAAAAUCUCACUUAGAGAGGGACUGCCUCUUAUGGUGAGUAAUUUCCAGAACCGCAUUUUGAACGAAGACGAAGGAAAAGGGUUUAACUAGAGAAG